GGGGAUGCAGGCGGGAGGAUAAAGCGAUGAAGUGUGCUGCGUUACCGCGCAUCAGGCGCCGUUGUUGGAGCCGGAACACGGUGCGUCUCUGACCGAACCCGCGGCUGCUCGCGCACACACUCACAGAGCCGCGCGCGCCACUCCGCCGGGGCCGUGGCCGUGGCCACCGCUCUCUCCCGGCGCCCGGCCGCCAGAGCGCCGCGACGGCAGGUGGUCACCCGGGUCUCCCCCAGCAAGUCCCCAGCGCCCAGUGCACUAUGCAGGACACGUGCACCCCCCAGCUCUAACCUGCGCGCUGACGGGAGCAUGAUCUGUGCCCAGGCCGGGGCUGCCAAGAUAACAAUGCCGUGUUCAGCAGAAAUGGAUACAGGAAGAGCAACAUAGUUCAAAAAUUAAGGGAGGCAUUUUCUUUCUUUUCCUGGGAUUUAAACGCGAUUUAGAAGGGCAGAUGCCCUAUCUGAAAAGGAGAGUCUUUAAAGACCCCGGCAGUCUUGUGGUCCAAGGCGUAUCAAAGCAGGUGGCCAGAUCUGCGUUUCUCAUCUGCGGACUCGCUCCGGCUGUGACUAUUACGGAAUUGAUGCGCGCACACGUGGUGGGUCAUUAUGCUGCUGCACCUGUGUAGUGUGAAGAAUCUGUACCAGAACAGGUUUCUAGGCCUGGCCGCCAUGGCGUCUCCAUCUAGAAACUCCCAGAGCCGACGCCGGUGCAAGGAGCCACUCCGCUACAGCUACAACCCCGACCAGUUCCACAACAUGGACAUCAGGGGUGGCCCCCACGAUGGCGUCACCAUUCCCCGCUCCACCAGCGACACCGACCUGGUCACCUCAGACAGCCGCUCCACACUCAUGGUCAGCAGCUCCUACUACUCCAUAGGACAUUCACAGGACCUGGUGAUCCACUGGGACAUAAAGGAGGAGGUGGAUGCUGGCGACUGGAUUGGCAUGUACCUCAUUGAUGAGGUCUUGUCUGAAAACUUUCUGGACUAUAAGAACCGUGGAGUCAAUGGUUCUCACCGGGGCCAGAUCAUCUGGAAGAUCGAUGCCAGCUCUUACUUUGUGGAACCUGAAACUAAGAUCUGCUUCAAAUACUACCACGGAGCGAGUGGAGCCCUGCGAGCUACCACCCCCAGUGUCACGGUCAAGAACUCGGCAGCUCCCAUUUUUAAAAGCAUUGGCUCUGAUGAGACUGUCCCAGGGCAAGGAAGUCGGAGGCUGAUCAGCUUUUCUCUCUCAGAUUUCCAGGCCAUGGGGUUGAAGAAAGGGAUGUUUUUCAACCCAGACCCUUAUCUGAAGAUUUCCAUCCAGCCUGGGAAGCACAGCAUCUUCCCUGCCCUCCCUCACCACGGGCAGGAGAGGAGGUCCAAGAUCAUAGGCAACACCGUGAACCCCGUCUGGCAGGCCGAGCAAUUCAGCUUUGUGUCCUUGCCCACUGACGUGCUGGAAAUUGAGGUGAAGGACAAGUUUGCCAAGAGCCGUCCUAUCAUCAAGCGCUUCUUGGGAAAGCUGUCGAUGCCUGUUCAGAGACUCCUGGAGAGACACGCCAUAGGGGAUAGGGUGGUCAGCUACACACUUGGCCGCAGGCUUCCAACAGAUCAUGUGAGUGGACAGCUGCAAUUCCGAUUUGAGAUCACUUCCUCCAUUCACCCAGAUGAUGAGGAGAUGUCCCUGAGUACCGAGCCUGAAUCGGCACAAACUCAGGACAGCCCCAUGAACAACCUGGUGGAGAGCAGCCGUAGGGAGCCCGUGUGUGAUGCAGCAGAGCCCUCCGAGAGCUGGAAGCCAGAGCGGCUGAGUGACGGCUGUGCCCUGGACGGGUCAGAGAACCAGAGCCUGGAGCUUGCCAGGCCAGCUGAGGAAGCGGCCGGCACCACCCGGGCGGGAGAUGAUGGCAGCGUCUCGCUGGGACCUCAAGGGGCCGGGGAGCUCCUGGCCCCGGGGCAAAAUGACACCCAGCCGGCCCCGAGUGCAGAAGAACUGGCCGAGGAGCUGGAUCUGGGUGGGGAGGCGCCACCUCUGCUGCUGGAAGACGAGGAAGCUCCAGCCAGCACCGAGGGGCCCGUGGAGGAGGAAGCGGCGACAGAGAUGCGAGCUGGAGGGGAGGAGGAGAAGGACCAGGAGGAGGAGGAGGGCGAUGUGCCUACUCUGGAGCAGGGAGCGGGCAGGCUGCAGCUGCGGGGCUCGGCGAAGAGAAAAAGCAGGCCAUGCUCCUUGCCUGUGUCCGAGCUGGAGACGGUGAUCGCGUCGGCCUGCGGGGACCCCGAGACCCCGCGGACACACUACAUCCGCAUCCACACCCUGCUGCACAGCAUGCCCUCGGCCCGGGGCGGGGUCGCCCCAGAGGAGGAGGACGGCGCGGAGGAGGAGUCCACCCUCAAGGAUUCCUCGGAGAAGGACGGGCUCAGCGAGGUGGACACGUUAGCAGCUGACCCGCCUGUCCUGGAAGAGGAUGGGGAAGAGCCCGAGGGGGCUACUCCGGGCACGGCGCCCCCUGGCCACGCCGGGGGCCGCUACCCCAGCUUCGCCAACGGCGCGGUCCCGGAUGGCGACACGCACCCCAGCACCGGGAGUGAGAGCGACUCCAGCCCCCGGCAAGGCGGGGACCACAGCUGCGAGGGCUGCGACGCGUCCUGCUGCAGCCCCUCGUGCUACAGCUCCUCGUGCUACAGCACGUCCUGCCACAGCAGCUCCUGCUACAGCGCCUCCUGCUACAACGGCAACAGGUUCGCCAGCCACACGCGCUUCUCCUCCGUGGACAGCGCCAAGAUCUCUGAGAGCACCGUCUUCUCCUCGCAAGACGACGAGGAGGAGGAGAACAGCGCGUUCGAGUCCGUGCCCGACUCGGUGCAGAGCCCUGAGCUGGACCCAGAGUCCGCGAACGGCGCUGGGCCGUGGCAAGAUGAGCUGGUCGCCCCUGGCGGGCACGUGGCAGGAACCACUGAAGGUCUGGAAUCCCCCGUGGCAGGUCCAAGCACUCGGAGAGAAGGUGAAUGUCCUAUACUCCAUAAUUCCCAGCCAGUAAGCCAGCUUCCUUCCUUGAGGCCUGAACAUCAUCACUACCCAACAAUCGAUGAGCCUCUUCCACCAAACUGGGAAGCUCGAAUUGACAGCCAUGGGCGGGUCUUUUAUGUGGACCACGUGAACCGCACAACCACCUGGCAGCGUCCAACUGCAGCAGCCACCCCGGAUGGGAUGCGGAGAUCGGGGUCCAUCCAGCAGAUGGAGCAACUCAACAGGCGGUAUCAAAACAUUCAGCGAACCAUUGCAACAGAGAGGCCUGAGGAAGAUUCCGGCAGCCAAAGCUGUGAGCAAGUCCCAGCAGGAGGAGGCGGAGGUGGAGGGAGUGACUCAGAGGCCGAAUCUUCCCAGUCGAGCUUAGAUCAGAGGAGAGAAGGGUCACUUUCUCCGGUGAACUCACAAAAAAUCACCUUGCUGCUGCAGUCCCCAGCGGUCAAGUUCAUCACGAACCCCGAGUUCUUCACUGUGCUGCAUGCCAAUUAUAGUGCCUACCGAGUCUUCACCAGUAGCACCUGCUUAAAGCACAUGAUCCUGAAAGUCCGCCGGGACGCCCGCAAUUUCGAACGCUACCAGCACAACCGGGACCUGGUGAAUUUCAUCAACAUGUUCGCAGACACUCGGCUCGAACUGCCCCGGGGCUGGGAGAUCAAAACAGACCAGCAGGGAAAGUCUUUUUUCGUGGACCACAACAGUCGAGCUACCACUUUCAUUGACCCCCGAAUCCCUCUUCAGAACGGUCGUCUUCCCAACCAUCUGACUCAUCGACAGCACCUCCAGCGGCUCCGCAGCUACAGCGCAGGAGAGGCUUCCGAAGUCUCUAGAAACAGAGGAGCCUCUUUACUGGCCAGGCCAGGACACAGCCUAGUAGCUGCUAUUCGGAGCCAACAUCAACACGAGUCAUUGCCACUGGCAUAUAAUGACAAGAUUGUGGCAUUUCUUCGCCAGCCAAACAUUUUUGAAAUGCUGCAAGAGCGUCAGCCCAGCUUGGCAAGAAACCACACACUCAGGGAGAAAAUCCAUUACAUUCGGACUGAGGGUAAUCACGGGCUUGAAAAGUUGUCCUGUGACGCAGAUCUGGUCAUUUUGCUGAGUCUCUUUGAAGAAGAGAUCAUGUCCUACGUCCCCCUGCAGGCUGCCUUCCACCCCGGGUACAGCUUCUCUCCCCGCUGUUCACCCUGCUCCUCACCUCAAAACUCCCCAGGUUUACAGAGAGCCAGUGCAAGAGCCCCUUCACCCUACCGGAGAGACUUUGAGGCCAAGCUCCGCAAUUUCUACAGAAAACUGGAAGCCAAAGGAUUUGGGCAGGGUCCAGGGAAAAUUAAGCUCAUUAUUCGUCGGGAUCACUUGUUGGAAGGAACCUUCAAUCAGGUGAUGGCCUAUUCCCGGAAAGAGCUCCAGAGAAACAAGCUCUACGUCACCUUUGUUGGAGAGGAGGGCCUGGACUACAGCGGCCCUUCCCGAGAGUUCUUCUUCCUUUUGUCUCAGGAGCUCUUCAACCCUUACUACGGACUCUUUGAGUACUCAGCAAAUGACACUUACACAGUGCAGAUCAGCCCCAUGUCUGCAUUUGUAGAAAACCAUCUCGAAUGGUUCAGGUUUAGUGGUCGUAUCCUAGGCCUGGCUCUGAUCCACCAGUACCUCCUCGACGCUUUCUUCACGAGGCCCUUUUACAAAGCGCUGCUGAGACUGCCCUGUGACUUGAGUGACCUGGAAUAUUUGGACGAGGAAUUCCACCAGAGCUUGCAGUGGAUGAAGGACAACAAUAUCACGGAUAUCCUGGACCUCACUUUCACCGUUAACGAAGAGGUUUUUGGACAGGUCACGGAAAGGGAGUUGAAGUCCGGAGGAGCCAACACGCAGGUGACAGAGAAGAACAAGAAGGAGUACAUAGAGAGGAUGGUGAAGUGGCGAGUGGAGCGCGGCGUGGUGCAGCAGACAGAGGCCCUGGUGCGCGGCUUCUACGAGGUGGUAGACUCAAGGCUGGUGUCCGUGUUCGAUGCCAGGGAGCUGGAGCUGGUCAUAGCUGGCACUGCAGAAAUCGACCUGAACGACUGGCGGAACAACACCGAGUACCGGGGAGGCUACCACGACGGGCACCUUGUGAUCCGCUGGUUCUGGGCCGCGGUGGAACGCUUCAAUAACGAGCAGAGACUGAGAUUGCUUCAGUUUGUCACGGGGACAUCCAGCGUGCCCUACGAAGGCUUCGCGGCCCUCCGAGGGAGCAAUGGGCUCCGGCGUUUCUGCAUAGAGAAAUGGGGGAAGAUCACAUCCCUCCCCAGGGCACACACAUGCUUCAACCGACUAGAUCUUCCACCAUAUCCCUCAUACUCCAUGUUGUAUGAAAAGCUGUUAACAGCAGUAGAAGAAACCAGCACCUUUGGACUUGAGUGAGGACAUGGAACCUCGCCUGGCAUUUUCCUGGCCAGUGACAUCACCCUUCCUCGGAUGGUCCAACCUUCCCUUUCCCUUAAUCAACUCUCCUUUGAUUUUGGUAUUCCAUGAUUUUUAUUUUCAAACCAAAUCAGGAUUGACAAAAGCUGUGCAUGAAGAACUGCCUUCUUCUAAGAUCUAACCUUCAGGCUUCUCUCUUCUGUUUUCAAUGAACUGCUAGCCUGUAUGCAAUAUUAAAAAAAAAGCAGCUGUCUAAAGGUCUGUGUAUAUCUCCACAUACCUCCAUUAUUAACAAUGAAAUAUGAAUGCAAGUUACGCUACACUUGACCAAAUGGUAAUAAAUGUUUACUUCCAUUUCUAUUAUUUAAGGGGGAAAUCUGAGCAUUAAGCAUUCCAAGCUUUUAUACGCCCAUGUCUUCUGAGCAGAGCCACCAUUUUUUAUAAUUUCCAACAACCAAAUCCAGAGCUGAUCAAGUCUUUGUUUUCCUCCCUCUCCACUUUUCCCUGUGCAUACUCUCCACCCAAAGGACAGCAGUGGCAAACUGAAAUUUUUAUACAUUCAACUCCUGAAUCACAUGUGGCAUCAGUCCCCUCAGCUGGAACUAGCCUAGACAUAUGGUGCAAAUACGACACUUCCAACAAUUAACAACUGCAAGAAAAACACCUGCCGCUGAUGCACCGCAGUACAUCCCAGUGAUGUGGGCAGUGUGGGCUCAAGCUGAGUUCAGAGGAGUCUAGGAGGGGAGCACCCCUAGUGAUACACACCGCACGAGAAGCACAGCCUUGUGUGCAUGUCCAAGAAGGAAAACUUCUUGACUAAUGUAGUGUGAAGGACGAGGCUUCAACCCCCACUGCGUGUAUAGAAUGCGGUGACGAAAACAGGAGAAAGGGAAGAAGGACAUAUUACGUUGGUUUGAAUACCUGAGUUCUGUACUGUUUUGUUUUGUUUAGUCUAGCGACAGUUCUCCUUCACAAAGGAAAAAAAAAUGUAUAGAUGAUCUCAUGACUUUUGUUAAAGCCAGGUAUUACUUGCUUUGCAGACAAACCUGUUUUUUUGUUUUAAUGUUGAUAUUGGUUUUCUUCGUGCUUUUUUCUUUUCUGGAUCAUGGUGUUCAAGUUCCUUCACAUCUGAUUGUCCACAGGGUCCACAUUAAAUAAGAAGCUGCAGAGAGUGAUGGUGCUUGUUAGGGGCCAAGGGCAAUAUGGUACUUCUCCUUCAUCCGUAGCAAUCCUCGGGGGCAGGAACAUGACACCCCAAAGGCACGCUGAUUUGUGUCAAAAUAAAUAUCCAGUUUCCUUUAGCAUUCAGUAAAAACAUAUCUCAGAAAACAGUGUUGUCAGAAAAACAGUUGCAGGCUCCAAAGACAGCCUAACCUCUUGAUUGCAUUUGAAAUAAACCCAAUCAUAAUGG